AUGAACCGUAAAAAAAAUUAAAUGAUACGUAUUGUAAGAAAAAUUAUUAAAAAAAGAAGACCAAAAACAUAAAAUGAAAAAUUCUGUACUUAAGUACAUUCUAGAAGAUUUAUUAAAAGGAUAUUUUAAUUAUUAUUAUCUAGAUAAGAAUCUUAUCCUGAAAUUUUCUAUUGUUUGACUGUUAAAUUUGAAAAGAAAACUGCUGAUAAAAUAUAAUUUACCUUAAAUAACAGAUUUAAGACAUAUAUAGAAAAUGAUACUUACAUUCACAAUUUAUUAAAUGAAGAAUUAAUUAAGAAAGGAUAUAAUCCUGUUAAAUUGAAUACAGAAUAAGUUAAUUUGGAAGAUUUCUAUCAAUGUUUCAAUUUAGAUCUCCAACCUUAAGAAGUAUCUGAAGCAAAAAUUGUUUAUGAAAUGAUUGUCUAAGUUUAUGAAUAAAAGGAAUUACAUCGACUUAGAUUAUAUCCAAUUUUUAAUUGUACCAAGUUCACUUUCUUAGAAUAAUAAAUGGCAUAAAUAGACACUAUUAAUAAAUACCAAACCCCUUAAUUCCUUAAAUUUAAAUCUAUUGUUGAGGAUAUUAAAUAUUAUUUAGACACAAAUAAAUUAUAAAUUGAGAAAGAAGCCCAAGCCUUAAAAGAAAAUUAAGUAUAAUAAACGACUGAAAAAUAAUAGAAUACAAAAGAAAAGUUGGAAACAAAAGUUGAAAGUUGA